CAAGUAAACUUCAUCUCAAUUUGAUGGACAUUUGAUUUGAUUCACACAGAUAUAGAAGUGUAAUCUUUUGAGAACAUGGAGUGCGAAAGUAAAGCGAUGGAGGAAGAGAAUAUAGUCAGCGUUGUCAGGAGCAUAGGAAGAAGUUUGAGCAGGGCAGCUGGGAGUUUGGGAAUAGAAGAUGUGUUCUCCAUCAGUAGUGGUUGCAGCCAUCACUCUAUGGAAGAUGAAGAGGCAUUAAGAUGGGCUGCUUUGGAGAAACUCUCUACCUACGAUCGGUUACGAACCACCAUCUUCAAGCACUAUGUUCAUGUGGAUCAGCAAGAAAUACCAACAGAUAAGAUGUUACUAGAUGUACGAGAGCUAGAUCCAAAUGCUCAACAACAAUUCAUCGACCAAAUCUUGAAGGUUACGGUAGAUGAUAACGGAAAGUUUUUGAAAAAGUUCAGAGAUCGUGUUGAUAAGGUUGGCAUCUCUCUUCCAACUAUAGAAGUUCGAUUCCAAAAUUUGACCAUAGAAGCAGAUUGCCACAUUGGUGAUAGGGCACUUCCAUCACUACCAAAUGCAGCCCGAAACAUCGUGGAAUCUCUUCUGGAUUUUAUUGGGAUCCACUUGUAUAAGAAAACAAAACUUGCCAUUCUUAAAGAUGUGUCUGGAAUAAUUAAACCAUCACGAAUGACACUUCUGUUGGGUCCACCAUCUUCUGGGAAGACAACACUUUUGAUGGCUAUGUCCGGAAAGCACGACUCAAGCUUAAAGGUUGAAGGAGAGAUUACUUACAACGGACAUAAACUCUGUGAAUUUAUACCUCAAAGAACAUCAUCAUACAUCAGCCAGAAUGAUGUUCAUGUUGGAGAAAUGACUGUCAAGGAAACUUUAGAUUUUUCGGCAAGGUGCCAAGGAGUUGGGUCCAGAUUAGAUUUGCUGGCGGAGAUCGCAAGAAGAGAGAAGCAAGCAAGGAUUUUCCCAGAUGCUGACGUCGACCUUUUCAUGAAGGCAACGGCCAUAGAAGGAGAUGCAAUCAAUUUGAUUACUUACUACACUCUUAGAAUACUAGGCCUGGAUGUUUGUGGUGACACCAUUGUUGGCAAUGCUAUGAGACGUGGAAUCUCCGGAGGACAAAAGAAGCGAGUAACUACAGGAGAAAUGCUUGUUGGGCCAGCAAAAACUCUUUUCAUGGACGAGAUAUCUACAGGUCUAGACAGCUCAACUACCUUUCAGAUAGUGAAAUGUUUGCAGCAAGUUGUACAUCUCACCGAGUCAACAAUCACGAUGUCUCUACUACAGCCUGAUACAGAGACCUUUGAUCUAUUUGACGACGUGAUACUGCUAUCCGAAGGUCAGAUUGUGUAUCAAGGACCAAGAGAAAAUGCACUUGAAUUCUUUGAGAGUUGCGGUUUCAUGUGUCCUGAGAGAAAAGGCAUUGCUGACUUCUUACAAGAGGUUACAUCUAGAAAAGAUCAAGAGCAAUAUUGGGCAGAUAGAUGCAAAUCAUACAGGUACAUACCAGUAAGUGAAUUUGUUCAGCGAUUCAAGAGUUUCCAUGUGGGCGAGAAGCUAAAGUAUGAGUUGAAAAUCCCUUAUAACAAGAACCAAAGUCACGACGCAGCAGUAGUCUUCAAGAAAUACUUAGUGACCAAAAGGGAGAUGCUCAAGGCCUCGUGGAAUAAGGAGUUGCUACUUUUAAGGAGAAACGCUUCUGUUUACAUUUUUAAAAGUGUACAGUUCAUCAUUUUAGCUUUUAUUGGGGUGACUUUAUUUAUUAGGACUAAAAUGCACACAAGGAGUGAAGAUGAUGGCUCAAUCUAUAACAAGACACUUCUAUUAAGCUUGAUCAUAAACAUGUAUAUUGGUCGAGCUGAAAUCGCCUUCACCGUAGCAAGGGUUCCUGUAAUUUUCAAGCAAAGAGAUCUUUUGUUCCACCCAAUGUGGGUUUACACACUUCCGACAUUCUUGCUUCGUUUACCAAUAUGUUUGCUAGAUAGUAUUUCUUGGGUGGCUAUACUAUAUUACGGUGUUGGUCUUGCCCCUGAAGCUAGCAGGUUCUUUAAGCACUUCCUGUUGAUUUUUUUGAUCCAAAAUGUGGGAGGGGGACUUUUUAGGCUUAUAGCUGGAGUGUGUAGGAAAAUGAACAUUGCAAACACAUUUGGAACCCUUGCACUUCUACUAAUAUUUCUGUUGGGGGGUUUCAUCCUUCCUAAUGCUCAAAUUCCUUACUGGUUGGGGUGGCUUACGUGGACAUUACCAUUGUCUUAUGGUUUUAAAUCUUUGGCGAUAAAUGAGUUUUUUGCUGCUAGGUGGAUGAACAAAAUUAGUUCAGAUAAUGUAACUAGCUUGGGGAUAACAAUACUAGAAAACAUGGAUGUUCCAACCCAAGAAACAUGGUAUUGGAUUGGUGUUGCCUCUCUUCUAGGAUUCGCAGUUCUCUUCAACGUCCUCUUCACUUUUGCUCUAAUGUAUUUAGAUCAGCCGGAAAAAAGACAAAAGGUUAUCUACAAAGAAACUGAUACAUGGAUACAAGCUCAACAGGAUACCAACCAACAACAAAGACUCAGAAUAACUGAAGUGGAUGGAAGUAAUCCAAGUGGAUCCGACUCUAAUAACUCCAAUGGUGUUGCUCAUAAAAAAGGAAUAUUCUUUCCAUUUACUUCAGUCGCCAUGUCAUUUGAGAGCCUGAACUAUUUUGUUGAUAUGCCCCAAGAAAUGAGAGAACAAGGGGUGACAGAAAGUAGAUUGCAGUUACUUCAUGAAGUAACAGGUUCCUUUAGGCCUGGAGUCCUAACUGCAUUGAUGGGAGUCAGUGGUGCUGGUAAAACAACAUUAUUGGAUGUUUUAGCAGGAAGAAAGACAGGUGGUUGUAGUGAAGGAGAUAUAAGGAUAUCAGGAUUUCCAAAGAAACAAGAAACUUUUGCAAGAAUUUCUGGAUACUGUGAGCAAACUGACAUCCACUCGCCUCAUGUCACUGUUCAUGAAUCUUUAAUUUACUCGGCUUUCCUUCGGCUCCCAAAAGAAGUUGAAAAUGAAAAAAAGAUGCUUUUUGUAAGUGAAGUGUUAGAGCUAGUUGAACUAGAAAACAUCAAGGAUGCAAUAGUGGGGCUACCAGGAGUUACUGGUUUGUCAACAGAACAAAGGAAAAGACUUACAAUCGCUGUAGAGCUUGUUGCUAAUCCUUCAAUCAUUUUCAUGGAUGAACCAACUUCUGGGCUUGAUGCAAGAGCAGCAGCCAUUGUUAUCCGAGCUGUGAGAAACAUUGUGGACACAGGGAGAACUGUAGUUUGCACAAUUCAUCAGCCUAGCAUCGAUAUUUUUGAAUCUUUUGAUGAGUUAUUGCUGAUGAAAAGGGGAGGGCAAGUGAUCUAUGCAGGACCAAUAGGCAAUAAUUCUCAAAAAAUCAUAGAAUAUUUUGAGGAAAUUCAUGGGAUACCAAAGAUUCCUGAAAAAUACAAUCCAGCAACAUGGAUAUUGGAAGUCACCUCAUGUGCUAUAGAGAUCCGGCUUGGUAUCGAUUUUGCUGAGCACUACAAAUCAUCACCCUUGUAUCAUAGGAACAAGGCCCUAGUGAUGGAGUUAUGCACACCACCUGUUGGAGCAACAGAUCUUUGCUUUGAAACACAAUAUUCUCAAUCUUCAUGGGGACAAUUCAAGUCUUGUUUAUGGAAGACGUGGUUGAGUUACUGGAGAAAUCCUGAUUAUAAUCUUGUUCGCAUUAUCUUCACCUUAGCUGCUGCGCUAAUUGUUGGAACGAUAUUUUGGAAGAUUGGCGGAAAAAGAGAGAGCAACAUCAAUGUGAAUGCAAUCAUCGGGGCCAUGUAUAGUUCUGUGCUAUAUGUAGGUAUGAACAAUGCUCAGACGGUGCAGCCGGUAGUUGCCACAGAAAGAACAGUCUUUUAUCGAGAAAGAGCAGCUAGAAUGUACUCAUCAUUCCCAUAUGCCAUGGCACAGGUAUUAGUAGAGAUCCCAUACGUAUUUUUUCAAACAACAUAUUACGCUUUGAUAGUGUAUGCCAUGGUGUCAUUCGAAUGGAAAGCAGACAAAUUCUUUUGGUUCUUCUUUGUCAUCUUCUUUUCAUUUUUGUACUUCACAUACUACGGAAUGAUGUUUGUUUCCAUCUCACCAAACGAACAAGUGGCAGCCAUAUUUGCGGCUUCAUUCUAUGCAGUUUUCAGUAUCUUCUCAGGUUUUUUCAUCCCUAGACCGAGAAUUCCUAAGUGGUGGGUGUGGUACUACUGGAUUUGCCCAAUGGCUUGGACCGUGUAUGGAUUCAUGGUAUCACAAUAUCAUGAUGUUGAGAACAAGAUCAUGGUUCCUGGAAUGUCACAUGACCCGCCUAUGAAUUCAUAUAUUGAAGAUCAUUAUGGUUAUAGACCAGAUUUCAUGGGUCUAGUUGCUGUAGUUCUAAUUGCGUUUUGCUUAUUAUUUGCAUUCGUCUAUGCUAUAUGCUUAAGGUUGCUCAACUUCCAAAUACGAUAAACUGGUUCAUUGUUAAAGACUAACUUAAAUCAUAAGUGUAUGUUGGAUGAGGUACACGUUGGAAGAUUUAGUUGGGUCAAUGUUGUGCGGGUCUUUAGAUAGUAAUUCCUAAAUAAAUGAAGUU